AACACCGCAACAACAACAACAGCAACAACAAUUACAACCACUGCAACAACCAACCAACCGAUAACAACUUCAAAAUCAAGAAAAUAAAUAGAACACAUAAUACGAGCAAAGUUAAUAAUAUCGAAAACUGUAACCAUAAUAAAGAGCCUAAUUGAACGAAAUAAACCGAAAAAUAAUCAAAGCGCAACAAAUAACGAAUAACACAACCAAAAGGAAACAGCCAACUAACCAGGCAAACAAAUCAAAGCAAACAAACGAAAAUAGACACACGAAAUAGCCAAAAAACCCAACAAGAAACAGCAACAGCAACAGCAGGAGAACAAGCAGCCGAAACAAACGAAAAUAGCAACCGAAGCCAACACAAAACCAAUCGAAACAGAAUCAGAAUCAGAAUCAGAAUCACAACCAGAAAUAGCCUUAAAACCGCCUCCAAGCCAACACAAUAGCAGAAUUCAAGAGAUAUAACCGAUAACUAAAUCCGAUAACAGAAUAACAAAUAGAAAAUAGAGCAACGAAACAGAAAACAGCAAAAGAAAAUGCAACAGCAAAAGUGACAACUGAAAUUCAAUACCAAAAGCCAACAAAAGAGAAAAAUAAUACAAAAACGGAAAUAGCCAAAAUUUGUUAAAUUUAUUUUGUGUGUUUUUUAACGGGAAAAAGCUAAACAGCAACUAAAACAUAACGGUAAUUAAUAAAAAGCCAAAAACAUUUGUCGUUAAACAAAUUGAACUCUUGCGUUAGCUUAUUUACAUAUUCGCCUUAGUCCUUAAAUUUUGCGUUCGUCAAAAAAGCGGUCGAGAAAAUGUUCUGAAAAAGUCUUGAAUAAAUCGAGCUGAAUAACACUUUAUAAACUUUGAGAGGUGAAGCAAUCGAAAUAACGAAGAAAGCGGCGAAAACCAUUUCGCAAGUGGAGAGCAGCAAACUGUAGAAACAGUUUUGUGCCAAAGUUGCGCAAUCACAAGUGUAAAUUUGUGUAUGUGUGUGUGGAACGCGUCAGUGCUAGGAGCUCACGUCGUACCGAGGAGAAGAUACAUAAAUCGGAUCGAAGAACAUCUCUAUACAAUAUCAAUAUAUAUCCAUAUACAAAUUAUCUAAAAUUGUUCAUAUCGUGGCAAAAGCCAAGUAUGAUAUAAAGGCAUGUAAAAUCCGUUUUCGAAAGCAUUUCGUACUUACAAGAAAUUAAUCUAACACUAGUAGUGAGAAAAAGAUAAACAAAAACCAAAUAAAAUUCCAUUCAGAUAGGAGGAACGAUCUAGGCUAAACAUCAAAUUAUAUUACUAUAACAAUAAAACACAAGUUUUGACGAUCUUAACAGUAUAGAGGAGGAGUAUUUCUGGUAAAAGCCAACAAACCCCACACACCCAUCCCAUAGGCAUCGUAGCAAAAGAAAACCUUCGAAGGGAAUCGAAAUCAUCUUUGCCUGUCAAUUUGUUGAACCAAAGGAAAAUCGCAUCAAUUAAAGCAUAUUUGAAACCAAUUUUAAGCCAACCAAGGAGAGGGUGACAUUUUAUUUAAAGGAAAAAGCAAACGUAUCGGCUUUCGGUGGGCGAAAGAGCCAACUAGACAAAGAAGUUUAUAAACGUAAAUAAAUAAAUGAAACACUUAAGAAGAAAGGAAUUUAAAAUUUAAUCAACAUGAAAAGAAACAAAUAACCAGCAGAGACCACAGUGGCGAUAAGCCCAGCACAGCCAAGAGAGCCAAGAAGCCCCUUAAUAAUGUGCAUCAAAAGCCAAUAAAAGGACACUUUGCAAUUGCUUAAAACGUCAUAAGAGUCAAAGGUCACAACAAAUAAAAGCCCGAGAGAGCAGAAGCCCUUCCUCGACCACUUACCAACUGAACAGGGAACCAGCAGCAAUGGCCAUCAACUUUUCGGCUUCCUUUGCGGCUUGCAUAGCAGCCGGACUGAAGGUGCCGCGCCAGAUAAUGUACUGCAUCACCCAGGACACGGGCCAGCCAUACGUGCUCUACAAGGACUCGCAGGACGCUGAGCGGAACCCCGGUGCCAUAGGUGCCAGUCCCGCCCAGUGGGGCAGCGAGAUGUACCCCAACAUCCAGCAACAGGCCCAGCAGCACCUAACCGCCCAGCAGCAGCAACAGCAGCAGCAGCAGAACGCGGCGCAAGCGGCGGCCCAGGCGGCAGCUGUGGCAGCGGCAGCGGGACAGCCACAAAGUCCGCCGGGAGGCGGACAGGAGGCCCGCGACAACGGCAGCGGCGAUGGCCGCCAGCAGCAGGUGUCGCCCUCCUCGAGUCCGUACCCUUCGGUCCAGCAGCAGCAGAGGGCAAACGGGGCAGGCGACGAGGACCCCAUGAACCACCAGCUCGCCAACCAGCAGAACACCGCUCCCAAUCAAAACCAAAGCAGCAAUGACCCCCAGCACUCGGGCUCCAACGCGGGCGAGUCGGGCAACCCGCAUGUCCAGCAGAACGGCGGACCGCAAAGUGACCCCGGCAACAGUUUUCAAACACCGGACUAUUAUGCCCCCCGCCACGCGGCACCGCAAGGGGGGAUGCUGGCACCGCCUGGCUUCCCACCGCUUCAUUAUCUUAACAAGGGCGUCUUGCCAAUGGAACAGUCUGGCGGAGGCGGCGGGGCCGGAGGCGGAGAAGCCUACGCGCUUCCCGAAAUGCUGCCGGCGCAGCAGAACGGUCAGCAGAACGCCGGACCAGCGAACACCAAUGCCAAUGAAGGCGGUGCGGGAGCCAACGGGAGCGGAGGAGUAGGCGGUGCGACGGGAGCGAGUGUGGGAGUGGGAUCGGUGGGCGUGACGAGCGGCGGCAGGACGGGCAACGGACCAGGACGCCCGCACAAGAACAAGCCACACAGCGACCUGCGGCUCUUCAAGUGCCUCACCUGCGGCAAGGACUUCAAGCAGAAGAGCACGUUGCUGCAGCACGACCGCAUCCACACGGACGCACGGCCCUUCCCGUGCUCCGAGUGCGGCAAGCGCUUUCGCCAGCAGUCGCACCUUACGCAGCAUCUGCGCAUCCACGCCAACGAAAAGCCCUUCACCUGCCCAUACUGCUCGCGCAGCUUUCGGCAGCGCGCCAUUCUCAACCAGCACAUACGCAUCCAUUCGGGUGAGAAGCCCUUCGCCUGCCCCGAGUGCGGCAAGCACUUUCGCCAGAAAGCCAUCCUCAAUCAGCAUGUGCGCACCCACCAAGACGUCUCGCCACACCUUAUUUUCAAGAACGGGCCGCACCCGACCCUGUGGCCCUCGGACGUACCCUUCCCUGGCGAGGACAACGACACUAAGGGCGAUAUCGCCGGCACGGGCGGCGGCUACCACGACGAGGACUCCCAGGGAACGCCGGAUGGCAGCGGUGGCAUGCACUACCCCUCCUACUUCAAGGACGGCAAGGAUCCUCGUACAGGCCAAAAGAUACUGCCCGAGGUGCUGCAGCAUAUCGGCGUGAGACCGGCAAACAUGCCGCUCUACGUGCGGUGCCCCAUCUGCGACAAGGAGUUUAAGCAGAAGACGACGCUGCUGCAACACGGCUGCAUCCACAUCGAGUCGCGGCCGUACCCCUGCCCGGAGUGCGGGAAGCGCUUCCGGCAGCAGUCGCAUCUGACGCAGCACCUGCGCAUUCACACCAACGAGAAGCCCUUCGGCUGCAUGUACUGUCCGCGCUUCUUCCGCCAGCGGACCAUCCUCAAUCAGCACUUGCGUAUCCACACCGGCGAGAAGCCGUACAAGUGUGGUCAGUGCGGCAAGGACUUCCGUCAGAAGGCCAUCCUGGACCAGCACACGCGCACCCACCAGGUAGGUGAUCGUCCAUUCUGUUGUCCCAUGCCCAACUGUCGUCGGCGCUUUGCUACGGAGAAUGAGGUUACCAAGCACAUCGACAACCACAUGAACCCCAACACCACUAAGGUGCGGCGACAGCAACAGCAGCAGCACCAACAGCAGCAACAGCAGCAGCAACAGCAGCAGCAGCAGCAGCAGCAACAGCAGCAGAAUAACAACGCUGUCGCCCAGGUGGCCAAUCACCUGAUGAACGACGCCAAGAGCCUGGCGGCCCAACAGUUCCUCAACAACAACAAUCCCUCGACAGUGGACAACAAGGCCAACAUCCUUCCGGUGCGCAGUAUAGCGUCCAACGCUGCGGCAGCCGCUGUUGUCCAGCAGUCCGUAGUAAAGAACGAGCUCUAUUUUCCGCAGUGCUACGGACCACCCUUCCAGCAUCCCUUUCAGGCACAGCAGCAGCAGGCCCAACAGCCCAGCGUGGCCCACGCAAACGGAGGACCCACUCCGCCCGUAACCGUAACGGUGGCCAACUCCGUGGCAUCCGGCGUGGUGGUUCAGCAGAAUGCUUCUGCCUCUGUGGUAGCCCAGUGACAUCCCACCACUGCAGCAACUGGGGCACAACAACAGCAGCCAUCGGCGCCGCAGCAGCAACACCAUCCGCCGCCACCUCCGCCCACGUCGUCCGCGCAUCACAUUGCAUCAGCGGCCGCCGCUGUCACCGCGGUCACGCCCUCAUCCGCCCACGCCUCACCAGUUGCGGCGCCACAGACUGUGACGCUCUCGAUCACGCUGCCGCCGCCACCGGCCUCCCAUACGGUCCAUCCGGGUCACCCGGGUCAUCCAGGUCAUCCGGGCGUGGCUAACGGGGCAGCGCCUCCGCCGCCAACUCUAUCACACGCGAUUCCCAUUCAUCCACACAUACACUCGAUAUUCGGAUCUCUAUGAUGUCAUCAGUAGGAGAGACAGGAGCCGGAGGCAGGAAUUCAAAGUUAAUAGACACAAACUAUUCACCAUACUUCAUAGGUUCGAUUAGUUCUUUAGUAUUAGACGCAAAACAAAUUCUCCUAGUUUUUAAAACUAAUCUUAAAAUCACAAAACACAGUUUGGUAAUGGCAAACGAACGAACCGAGAGGAGCUGAACAGAACGCAAACAGGACGAGUACUAGUCUUUUUGAAAAGGACUCUAAACUUCUUUGAUAUAAACCAUGAACAUAAAAUGCGAAUGGUCAAUGUGCAAGAGAAGUAAUGAGCAGAAUGAAGGAGAAACGAGAGCCAAAACACAACGUUAUACGAUUUCUAUUUGUUUUAGCACCCCAACAACUUUUAAGACUAAAAAUACAUCAAAUAUUUA